CCGGUACGCCAUCUGCGUCUGAUCUCGAGAAUAAUUGGUCUAGAAAAAAUGGCGACAUUUCGGCUGGUGUCUCAAAUUUCAAGAACGGGCUCUUUGGCUGUUUUAUGUGAUGCAGUAAAGCCAGUGACAUAUGCAUCUGCAAGGUCAUGCUAUAAAUAUGUUAAUGCCACGGAGAAGGGUGAUUCUUUCAAAGAGAUCACUGAUCGAGCCGCAUCAACAUUAUUCUUCACUGAGCUGACAAGAGGCCUGGCUAUGACAUUAAGCUACUUGUUUCGUGAACCUGCCACCAUCAAUUAUCCCUUUGAGAAGGGACCUCUAAGCCCUCGGUUCAGAGGAGAGCAUGCAUUGAGAAGGUACCCAUCUGGAGAGGAGCGAUGCAUUGCCUGCAAGCUAUGUGAAGCUGUUUGCCCUGCUCAGGCAAUCACAAUUGAAGCUGAACCAAGAGCUGAUGGAAGCAGAAGGACUACUCGCUAUGACAUUGAUAUGACAAAGUGUAUCUACUGUGGGUUCUGUCAAGAGGCAUGCCCUGUUGAUGCUAUUGUUGAGGGUCCCAAUUUUGAGUUUUCCACAGAGACCCAUGAAGAGCUACUGUACAAUAAGGAGAAGCUCCUCAACAAUGGAGAUAAGUGGGAGGCGGAGAUCGCAGCAAACAUUCAAGCAGAUCAUCUAUACAGAUAGAAGCAGGAGAAUGUCCAAAGAUAAUCAUACAGAUAUAUCUAUUGUUAGAAAAAUAUUGUUUAUGCAGUGUAAAAGAAGAGUUCAUUACAUAUUUUGUUUAUGGGUCAUGAUACUCUCUUACACCUAGCAUUUGAUUCGAUUACACAUUCUGUGUAUUUAAUACAUGAUAUCAGUUUUCUCAGCCAUUCGCUAGAGUAUACUUAAGAUUUUUCAAUGAAAUCACCAUGUAAUUAUUCCCCCUCCCACUCCAUAUUCUCUCUGCUAAUCUCUCUUUGAUAUUCCUUCUCUCAAAAUCUAUUUUGGCGUACCUUUCUAGUGGGCAGUUGGCAAGAUAUUAAGAGCAUCUUACAACUUUCAUAAGUCACUCUUUCCAUCGAAAAUAUUUUUGAUAUAAUAGGAAGGUAGUUCACUUUUGAGUAAAAGUUUGAUUAAUUACUUCUGCAUUUAAAAAUAUAGGAAUUCAUCCUACAGGUAUUCAGUUUGUGUGUUCUGAAAAAAUGAACCUAAUGUGUACUAUUUAAUUAUCGGUACAUUUGAAAAUGAUCUGCAGUUGAUGUCCAAACACUUAGGAUUCUUUGGUUAGAAUCAAUGGGUUAUUGCUUGUGUGCUUGCAUGACUGAAUUUGAUCAAAAGGAAACUCGUCUAAAUCAACACAUAUUUCUUCUCAGAGCUCUUUUGGAAUGAAAACAUGGAGAUUGAUUUUAUGUUUGUAGCUGUGUGACUUAGUGUACAAUUACUAACACUGUGUUAUAUAAGAUAUGCUGUGAUAUUAUAUCUUUAUAGUAUAUGGUCAUCUUCUUCACUUCUUGGGCCAUAUAUCUUUUUGAUAGAUACGAUAGGUUAAUCACAACACCUAUACACUAAUGUCCCACAAUGACUUGAAGUAAUGUAUGGUUAACCGUGCUUGUAUAUUGUUACUGGGGUAAAUUGGUCAAAACAUAAAUCUUCCCAUAAAUUUCUAUUUACAUUUCCUGAGUUGAAUGUUGAAUGAUUCAAAGUUUCUUAUUGCAGUCCCAUUGGAUUCGACUUCUGCAGCAGAUUAAACUAUAUAUAUUCUAUUUGACAUUCUAAACAUUCAGUAUUCUUAAUGGGAGUGGAAAAUAACUCAUGGGCUUUACUUCAAGAAAGUGUGUUAUCAUUAUAGAUUUUUAUCUUUAAGGUGUGUUCAUGCUGUCAAAUCUCCAUCACUUUGGCAAUUGGAUAUUAAAUGUAUCACAUUGAACAAGAACUGAAGAUGAAGUAGAAGGAACACCCCUAUGAGCAUUCAAUGAGUGAUGGAUUGCUUGGAAGAGACAGAUUUCGACUAUAUAAUGUGAAUUUAAUUGAAUGAUGCAUGCUAUAGCAGGCAUUAUGCAAUAAUAAAGAUGUGUGAAAUGUUA